UCAAACAACAGUCACAGUCGGCAUUUGUUAAUCAAAGUGACCUACACACAAAAAUAAAAAUGAUAUCACGUCGUGUCUUUUCGCCAGAUUUCUUCUUUCGUCAACUCUUCGAUGGAAAAUCCAGCACUUACACUUACCUGCUGUCCGAUUUGACAUCCAAAACUGCCGUCAUUAUCGAUCCUGUGCUCGAGCAAGCGGAACGCGAUGCCAAACUCAUCACCGAACUCGGUUUCACGCUGAAAUACGCGAUGAAUACUCACAUGCACGCCGAUCAUAUCACAGGCACGGGAUACUUGAAAAAACUCCUGCCCGGUACACAAAGUGUCAUCUCGCGCGCUAGUGGCGCUCAAGCUGAUCGAUAUUUGACCGAUAAUGAACUCGUCAAGUUUGGUAAAUUCGAGAUAAAAGCAGUAGCGACUCCCGGACACACCAGCGGAUGCAUGAGUUUCGUUCUCGAAGACCAAGGAUGCGUUUUUACGGGAGAUACGUUGCUUGUGCGGGGCUGCGGAAGAACAGAUUUCCAAGAAGGCGACGCAAAAACGCUGUACAAAUCUGUGCAUGAACGAAUUUUCACAUUGCCCGAUUAUUUCAAGCUAUUUCCGGCACACGAUUACAAAGGAUUCAGCGAAACUACGGUAGGCGAGGAGAAAAAGUACAAUCCAAGACUCUCAAAAGACCUCGACACGUUCGUUCAAAUAAUGGACAACUUGAAUUUGCCGCUGCCCAAAUUCAUCGAUGUCGCAGUGCCCGCCAAUAAAGUUUGUGGCCUUCAAGAUAUCCCGAAAAACUGAAUAAAGUGAUUUUUAAACAAG